ACCGAAUACUUAACGAGUUCACAAUUCGCAAUUACAGUUCCACGAGUCCAAAAAAAGGCAGAACGUCGACGCCAGCGGUCCUCAGAGCGCAGUAUCUUCCAAUGACAGUACUGGCGCCUCUGUCCUGAUGACAAGUGUUGAGACCUUCGAGAUGACGCAGUCGUUACCUCACACCAGCGAUGCAACUGACGCCGACACUCACGAGGCCGCCAAGACAGACGACAGCAGCGCCGUCCAAUCGAUGGAAUCUUCACUCGGUUCCAGCGAUGCGUCAGCACUUUCAGCUGCUGCGAGCGUUCUCGAGUCGACGGAGUCCUCUCUUGAAACCAGUCAGCUGUCGCAAGUUACACCUGAGACUGGCCCCGAGGAGAUCACUGAUUUCUCAUCGGACGCCACCGGCGCAUCGGCACUGAGCACAAGCGAUGUGUCUGUGGACGCAACCGAUGCAACCACUCUGAGCGAUGUGACUAUUGACAACGCCCAGAGCGAUGCUGUCACGCAGGAGAGUCUCGUCGACAUAAGCACGGCGUCCGAAAGUGCGUCAUCGCUAUCGUUUCCUCAAGCAACGGCUCAAGAUAAUGGAAAUGUUGCCGACAAUAGCGAGAGCUCGCCCAGCGUUUCCGAUGGGCCAUCUAGCGCAAUACUAACCGUAAUGUAUUCGUCAUCGUUGUCGUUUACCGAAGAAAUAACUCAAGUUCAAGGGAAUGGUACCGAGGCCAACGAGAUCCCGACAAACCAAUCGCCCAGCGUUUCCGAUGAGUCAUCUAGCGCAAUACUGACCAUAAUGAAUUCGUCAGCGCUGUCGUUUACCGAAGUAGUAACUCAAGUUCAAGGGAAUGGUACCGAAGUCAACGAGACCUCAACAAACGAAUCUGGGGCCGCUACGAACCCUUCGUCGACCGUCGUCGACGAACAUUCUGAAUGGCAUACAGAACGUAAUCUGACGGAUAUUAUGGUGACCUCCACGACACCAGAAACGACCGCGACGACCUUAAGAUCUCGAAAAACGCCAAGAUCGAGGCUACCGAUAACAGAGAGAACGAGGAAACCGCUCCCCUGGUCUAGGCUGAAAGUACCGAACGAAAAAUCGCUGGUGUGCGCCAUCACGGAAGACUUCAGGUCGUACUGGCUGUCCUUCGGGUUUCCGUUUCGCUACGCGGACGUGUACCCGGACCACCUCUGCACGCACUACAUUUUCUCGGCGCUCGUGUUCGACGAGUUCGACGAGACGGACUUCUCGCUCUACCCGCACAACUUCUGUGAGUGCUCUCCGCGCAGUCAGCCGGUGGUCGUCCUGCUCAUUGAAAGCAAAGCGAGUUAA